GGCAUUUUGGGAAUCCACAAGAUCUCGUCCGUAUAUGGCUCCCUAAAUCAAAUUGCUGACUUCCUACUCUGAGAAAACAAAGCGGCACGGUUCAUCUCGCAGUCGCAGAGCCUGCUCUCUCUCGCAGUGAAAGAUGGCUUCAGAUCCAAAAGUUCACGUAUUUGAAGAGGUAGCGAAGCACAACAAAACCAAAGAUUGCUGGCUGAUUAUUGCCGGGAAGGUGUAUGAUGUGACACCAUUCAUGGAUGAUCAUCCCGGAGGCGAUGAAGUUCUUCUAUCUGCAACUGGGAAAGAUGCAACAAAUGAUUUCGAAGAUGUUGGUCACAGUGAUUCAGCCAGGGAUAUGAUGGAGAAGUACUACAUUGGUGAGGUUGAUCAGUCAACUGUCCCAUUGAAACGGACUUACAUUCCACCACCACAAGGUCAAUACAAUCCUGACAAGACAUCCGAAUUCGUGAUCAAGAUUCUACAGUUUCUGGUUCCGCUCUUAAUCUUGGGGUUGGCCUUCGCUGUCCGUCACUACACCAAGAAAGAGUAGAGUCUUUCUAUUUCAGUAUAUCCGCUUGUAAGGAUUAGUUACUCAUCAAGAUUCUGCGAUUGCUCGUUUCAGUUAUGUCGUUCUUGGUUUCCGUCAUUGUUCAUCCGACGGUCGGUCGGUCGGUUGGUUUCUAGCGUCUUUUUGGUUAUAAGGUGAUUGACAGAUUGUACAACGGUUGAUCUUAAAUUAAAGGAUUGUUCUUCUUGUUAUUAUUUCCAUA